GUUAGUUUUAACCGGCCAACCGGUCGCUAAGAUUUAAGCCUCUUUACUAGCUAGGUAGUGGAAGCCUGCAACAUCAAUGGCGGAACUUGAGAAUCCAGGGGUGAUGCCUAAAGUCAUAGGUCUGGUCUCCGGCGUUCUUGAGAGAGUGGCGGAGGCAAAUGAUGUGAAUGCAAGAUUUGGUCCUCAGAGAAUUUCAGCGUUUCACGGCCUAACUAGACCAACCAUUUCAAUUGAAAGCUACCUGGAGAGGAUCUUCAAGUAUGCCAAUUGCAGCCCUUCGUGCUUGAUCGUAGCUUACAUUUAUCUCGAUCGCUUUUCGCAGAAGCAGCCGCUCCUGCCCAUCACCUCCUUGAGCGUGCAUCGCUUGCUUAUUACCAGCGUAUUGGUCUCCGCCAAGUUCAUGGACGACAUAUUUUACAACAAUGCUUUCUAUGCAAAAGUGGGAGGAAUUAGCGCAAUGGAGAUGAACCUCCUGGAGAUGGACUUCUUGUUUGGGCUGGGCUUCCAGUUAAACGUGACGCCCACCACAUUCUACACCUACUCCUCUUUUAUCCAAAGACAGAGUUGGCUUGCCUGUCCUCCUCUAUCACGACUACAACCUUCAACGCCCAACAGUUCGACGCCGCCAAGUCUCCAUCGUUGCGUCAGUUCUGCUCACCGACAACAACAGUUAACCGUUUGA